AUCGCUGCUAUCAUCUUUGGUCCACCUCUUGUUGUUAUUUAAUUAUUUGUAUGUUAUUUUCAAUGCAUUUUCAAUGAAAAGCUGACAAAAUGAUGUCACGUAAACUACUAAACCUCCGCCUGGGAUACCUGGCACGUCGCUUGGCCAGCACAGAUCCGCUGAGCAUUCAGAACGAGAAGCUUCAGGCUUAUUUGGAGUCCCUGCGCCAGGAAUACUACGCCGUGCGAGUCAACGCCGCCGGAAACAGCAAAUCCUACGCCCGUCUCGCCCAGCUGGAGGGCGUGGUCAGUGCCCUGGAGCAGCGACGCGUACUGGAACGGCACAUCACCAGUGCCAAGGACAUGGAAGCGGAGAAGGACGAGGAUAUGCGUGAGCUGAUGCGUGAAGAGAACGAAGUCUAUGUGGAUCUACUGGGCAAGCAGGAUCAGGCCUUACUGCAGGAGCUUCUAACGCUCUCUGACGAUGAGGAGUAUCCGGCUCUGAUCUUCGGCCUCAAUGCCGGCGCCGGUGGCCAGGAGGCAAUGCUAUUCGCCCAAGAACUGUACGAGAUGUACACCGGCUACUUCGACCACAUGGGCUGGGAGUGGGAGGAGUUUGCCAGUGAGAGCACCGACAUCGGAGGUCUGCGGCACGCCAGUCUGAUGGUGAGUGGCGAGGAUGCCUUCCGUUGGUUGCGCUAUGAGGCUGGAGUUCACCGGGUACAGCGGGUGCCGGCUACUGAAAAGUCUGGACGCAUGCACACUAGCACCGCCUCGAUAACCGUAAUUCCUCGACCCGCCGACAUCCAAGUGCACAUUGCUGAGAAGGAUCUGAAGAUCGAGACGAAGCGAGCGAGUGGAGCUGGUGGCCAGCAUGUUAACACCACCGACUCGGCUGUGCGAAUUGUCCAUCUACCUACGGGUCUGGCGGUGGAGGCGCAAUCGGAACGCUCCCAGCUCAAGAACCGUGAGCUAGCGAUGAAGCGUUUACGGUCGCGACUUGUGCAACAGCAGUUGGAGAGCGUAGAGGCUAGCAAGAUGGCCACCAAGAAGGCGCAACAGGGUAGCCUCAAUCGCAAUGAGAAGAUCCGUACCUACAAUUUCGUCCAGGAUCGCAUCACGGAUCAUCGAAUUCAGGGCGGUACGCUGCACAACCUCGAUGGUUUCCUCAAGGGCGGCGAUCAACUGAGUGGACUCAUAGAGAAGUUGCAACUGGAACAUCGAAGGGAACGACUAAAGGAGCUGUUGGAUACGUGGGAGCCGCCAAAGGAAGCUAUUGAGAAGAACUAGAGCUACUUUCGUUUGUUACUACAUUUAUACGCCUGUGUUUUAGAAGAUAAUUGUGCUUCCGCAACUGAAAUGAUAUAAAAAGAAAACUUC